GCGAUAAUGGCAAAGAUCAAGGCCCGAGACUUGCGUGGUAAGAAGAAGGAAGAGCUGCUGAAGCAGCUCGAUGACCUCAAAGUAGAACUGUCACAGCUCAGAGUUGCUAAAGUGACAGGAGGUGCUGCUUCAAAGCUGUCUAAGAUCCGAGUUGUGCGCAAGUCUAUUGCCAGAGUUCUGACUGUGAUCAACCAGACACAGAAGGAAAACCUGAGGAAAUUUUACAAAGGCAAGAAAUACAAGCCUUUGGAUCUGAGGCCAAAGAAGACCAGGGCCCUUAGGCGCCGGCUAAACAAGCAUGAAGAGGGUCUGAGGACAAAGAAACAGCAAAGGAAAGAUCGUCUUUUCUCUGCACGCAAAUUUGCUGUCAAGGCUUAAGUUUCAUGUUCUAAAUAAAAAAAACUGUUUGGAUUGGCUAAAA